AUGGCGUCCUCCAAACCCUCCGCCUUCCCGGCCUCGACCGUGCCGCAGGCACCGGAAGAUCCGCUGUUCGGCCUGAUGGCUGCGUACAAGCGGGAUACCUCGGAGAAGAAGGUGGAUUUGGGAAUUGGCGCGUAUCGUGAUGAUAAUGCGAAGCCGUGGGUGUUGCCGGUGGUGAAGAAGGCCGAUGAUAUCCUAAGAAAUGAUCCAAACCUCAAUCAUGAAUAUCUGCCCAUUGCCGGUCUUCCGGAGUUCACUUCCGCAUCGCAGAAGCUCAUCUUCGGAUCGGAUAGCCAGGCAAUCAAGGACGGUCGCGUCGCCUCCAUCCAAGCCAUCUCCGGCACUGGUUCCCUCCAUCUCGGCGCCCUCUUCCUCCGCAAAUUCUACAACCCCGCCAAUCCCCCUAGCAUCUACCUCUCCAACCCCACCUGGGCCAACCACCACCAAAUCUUCACCAACGUUUCCCUCCAACUCGCCCACUACCCCUACUUCUCUCCGCAGACCCGCGGCCUCGACUUCACCGGCAUGCUCGCCGCCAUCUCCGCUGCCCCCACCGGCAGCAUCAUCCUCCUGCACGCCUGCGCCCACAACCCCACCGGCGUCGACCCCACCCAAGCCCAAUGGACCCAAAUCGCCGACGUCAUGGAACAAAAGGGCCUCUUCCCCUUCUUCGACAACGCCUACCAGGGCUUCGCCUCCGGCGACCUCGACCGCGACGCCUGGGCCAUCCGCCACUUCGUCGCCCGCGGCUUCGAGCUGCUGGUCGCGCAGUCGUAUGCGAAGAACUUCGGAUUGUACGGCGAGCGCGCGGGCUGCUUCCACUACGUGGCGCCGGCGACGGCGAGCGCGGCGGACGCGAGCCGUGUGGCGUCGCAGCUGGCGAUCUUGCAGCGGAGCGAGAUCUCGAACCCGCCGGCGUAUGGGGCGCGGAUCGCAAGCACGGUGCUGAACAAUGGGGCACUGUUCGCGGAGUGGAAGGAGAAUCUGACAACGAUGAGUGGAAGGUUGAUUGGGAUGCGGGCGGAGUUGCGGGGGUUGUUGGAGAAGAAGGGGACGCCGGGGACGUGGAAUCAUGUGACGGAUCAGAUUGGGAUGUUUAGCUUCACGGGGCUGUCGGAGAAGCAGGUGGGGUUGUUGAGGGAGAAGUGGCAUGUGUAUAUGACGAAGAAUGGGCGGGCGAGCGUCGCGGGGUUGAAUAGCCGGAACGUGGAGUAUGUGGCGGAGGCGAUUGAUGACGUUGUGAGGUCGGCCUAG